ACACCCGACCUGCCUGCAGUUCACCACAAACAUGACUGAGGCUGUUAAAACCUAUCAGUGGCAGUGCAUUGAGUGCAAAUCCUGCAGCCUUUGUGGGACCUCUGAGAACGAUGACCAGCUGCUCUUCUGUGAUGACUGUGACCGUGGCUAUCACAUGUAUUGCUUGAAUCCACCAGUCUUUGAGCCCCCAGAAGGGAGCUGGAGCUGCCAUUUGUGCCGGGAGCUGCUCAGAGAGAGAGCAUCAGCUUUUGGCUUCCAGGCCUGAGGAGCUCCAGCGGUCAAGAAACACUUUGCUCCUGGUGUUGCCAUACCAGCACACAAUUCCCAUCCAGAACACAAAGACACAACCCACAUCAAAACAAAUGGACACUCAAAUACAGGAAGAGGUAUCUGUGGUAUUCACUGUCACUAAUGCCAUACCUCCCGGGCUCUACUAGAAGGAUCGUGUACUUUCCCAAUGCUCCGGAUGAAAUCUCUUCACUGCUAUGCAUGGUCGCUGCUUGCUGUUACGGGCUCACAUGAAUUAUGGAAGGGGGAGGGUUGUUAUAUCGAUAUGGAGAAGUCAAUUUUGUGUGGCCUUGUGCUUUCUGUUUAAUCUUCUUUUUAAAAAAGAGAUAGUAAGACAACUCCCAAGGAAUUAUUGGUGAGUACUUUGGCUGGGAGCAACACCAGUUGUUUCUCUUCACAGGCUUGACUGGAAAUCUCUUUACUGCAACCACUGUAUUUGUAGAGGGGCUUUGAGAGUUGCGUUAGUUCAAUACUUCCAAGGUCAUGAACAACACGUGUCACUGAGAGAAGCACUGAUCAAAAAUUUUUGGGGUGGCACUUUCUCCUUUGGAUCAAAUGCUUGGAUUUGGCAGAUCUUUAGAAAUCAGUUUUUAGUAUCUCUGAAGGAAGAACAGUACCGGUAUGUACACACACAGGUGCUUAGAAAAGCCUACUGUCUUUGGCACUUCAGGAUAUUCAGGCACACUGUCCCACUGCGGUGCCAGCAUACAGUCCAGACUCAUCAUUUUAUUUUU